AUGAUCAAAGAUGAUCAAAGAGGCGCUUGGUCUCCUUCAUUCUUUGUGGCUCUGCGAUUGCUCCUCGUUGCAAGAUUUCUUGGUGCGAUGUACUCUAUAGUCACAGACUGUGACGAAACGUACAACUACUGGGAAGCAUUGCACUACCUCACUCACCAAAAGGGAUUUCAAACGUGGGAGUAUUCACCCGAAUACUCAAUCAGAAGCUGGUUCUAUGUUCUCUUGAAUUCACCAGUCGCAUUCUUUACCUCAUACUUUGAAUGGGACAAAAGAAUAGCCUUUUUUGGUACAAGAUCUUAUUUGGCUCUCAUAUCAAGUCUGAUUGAGGCCUCAUUCUACGCGUCUGUAACCAAGAACCUGAAUCCAAGAGUCGGGCGCUAUGUACUGCUCUUCUUGAUAGGUAGCGCUGGCAUGUACAUAUCAGCUAUAGCAUUCCUACCAUCUUCUCUCACUCUUUACACCACUACACUCGCCAGCAACUUCGCUCUAUACCCACCAACACACACCUCAAAUGGCCAGAAGAGGUGUUUAUUCGCUACCAUGUCAUUUGCAGUGGGUGCUAUCGCUGGCUGGCCAUUUUCCCUAGCACUGAGCGUUCCGUUCGUGCUCGAGCAGCUGUUGAUGUAUUCCGGAGGUGCUCCUGUCUUGAAAAAGCGCGUUCAACACCUGACCAAAUCUGCUGCAAUUUCCUCGCUACUCUUUAUACCCGUCGUUGCAAUCGAUACACUCUUCUACGGCAAACUGACGGCAGUGUCUGUGAACAUCAUCAAAUACAAUGUUUUCUCGGGGAAUGGACCGACAUUGUACGGUGUCGAGCCUGCUCAUUUUUAUAUUUUAAACUUACUGCUCAAUUUCAAUUUGGUAUUUUUACUCGCAGUAGCUGCACUUCCUCUGGCUGUCUUAUUCGAAAGACGUCAUUUGACUUACGUAGCUAUUAGGCUUGCGCCCUUCUAUGGAUGGUUUGCUCUCCUCUCUCUCCAACAACAUAAGGAGGAAAGAUUCAUGUUCCCGUCGUACACCCUCCUCUGUUUCAAUGCAGCCGUUGGAUUGUAUUACUUGCGUAAUCUCGUCACCGUGGCUUUUACACACGUGGCGAAAACACUCACAAAAUCCUCUAAAGUAUCAAUAAGUGGAAACCUCGUUGGACGUGUGACUACCUGCUCACUUAUCGCAAUUUCUUUAGUUGUCUCAGUGAUGCGUGUUCUUGCAAUGCAGCAAUACUAUCAUGCUCCAAUUGAUAUCUUGUUUGAGUUGACAGAAAAAGAGCUCGCUAACAGGACAGGGCCACCUAAAGGACAACAUUACACUCUCUGCUAUGGAAAAGAUUGGUAUAGAUUCCCUUCGUCGUAUCUCGUUCCACAGUACGUAGAUGUUGAGUUCGUUGAGAGUAAAUUCGAUGGGAUUCUGCCUGCACAUUGGCCCCAAGAAUUCAGAAGCAGUGCAAACUUGCUGAACAAUAUCAGACGGAUACCACCUAAUAUGAAUGAUCAGAAUAAGCAAGAGAGGGAUCGCUUCGUGAAUGUUGACAGUUGUGACUACCUUAUCGAUUUGGUUUCAAGUUCGACGACAUUUUCUCUCCUUGAGCCAAAUUAUGCAGCAAACGAUGAUUGGAAUGUCAUAGCAUCACUCCCAAUGCUCGAUCCUUCUUUGUCGCACAUUUUAACACGUACACUCUACCUUCCCUUCAAAUCUUGGCAGCAGAAAAACACCUUCGGAGAACUCAAACUGCAUCGUAGGAAUAGAGAAAUAAUUCAAUGA